AUGACGGACAGCGAGGUAUCAGCGGGAGGGUAUUGUGUGGAUGAUACCCAGUCUCUGCGGAGCUUUAACCUUUCUCCCUCUGCGCCCUUCCUGCAGAGAAGUCCUGUCAAUCUGACAUGCAGUGCAUUCUUUGGAUACACCGGGGACACCACUCCACAUAUCUACUGGAUGAAGGGGGAUAAGUAUAUCGAAGACCUGGAUGAGGAACGGAUUCAAGAAAGUGACAUCAAGAAAAUCCGGGAACACCUGGGCGAGCAGGAAGUUUCCAUCUCUCUGACCAUUAGCUCCUUGGAGGAGAGCGACCUUGGCAACUACUCCUGCUAUGUGACAAACGCCAACGGGCGGCGCCAAGCAAACAUCCAGCUCGUCAAGAAAGCUGAGCUGAUGUACACUGUGGAGUUGGCUGGAGGUCUGGGAGCCAUCCUGCUGCUGCUCAUCUGCCUUGUGACCCUCUACAAGUGCUACAGGAUCGAGCUCAUGCUUUUCUACCGGAACCACUUUGGCAGUGAGGAUAUCGACGGAGAAAACAAGGACUACGACGCGUACCUGUCCUACACCAAAGUGGACCCGGACCAAUGGAGCCAGGAGACCAGAGAGGAGGAGCGCUUUGCCCUGGAGAUCCUCCCUGACGUCCUGGAGAAGCAUUAUGGGUAUAAACUCUUCAUUCCAGACAGGGACUUGAUCCCCACAGGAAGUUUCACCAAUGAUCAUUUCCAGGAUGACACACGACUACUUAGAGCCUACAUCGAGGACGUUGCACGCUGUGUGGAUCAGAGCAAGCGCCUCAUCAUCGUCAUGACACCCAGCUACGUGGUGCGGAGGGGGUGGAGCAUCUUUGAGCUGGAAACGCGGCUGCGCAACAUGCUGGUGACGGGCGAGAUCAAAGUCAUCCUGAUCGAGUGCGCCGAGCUACGCGGCAUCAUGAACUACCAGGAAGUGGAGGCCCUGAAACAUACCAUCAAAAUGCUGACGGUCAUCAAGUGGCGCGGCCCUUCCAGCAACAAGCUCAAUUCCAAAUUCUGGAAGCAGCUGCUCUAUGAGAUGCCCUUCAAACGCAUGGAGCCCCUAAGCAUCUCCCACGAGCAGGUGCUGGACGUGAGCGAGCAGGGCGCUUUCGGAGAACUCCAGACUGUUUCAGCCAUCUCCAUGGCAGCGGCCACCUCCACCGCCAUGGCGACGGCACACCCAGACAUUCGUUCGACCUUUCACAACUCAUGCCACACCCAGAUGAGGCAGAAACACUAUUACCGUAGCUACAACUACGACCUGCCACCCGGCGGCACGCUCCCGCCACUCUCCUCGCUAGGCAACCAGCACACCUACUGCAACAUCCCCAUGACGCUCAUCAACGGACAGCGGCCGCAGUCCAAGUCGCCGCGCCAGCAGAGCAUGGAGGAGGCCCACGCCAACAACGCCAUGCUGCCGCUGCUUCCUAGAGAGACCAGUAUAUCGAGCGUCAUCUGGUGACAGAUCCGCCGGCAGUCAGACCCUGAAUCCUCCAGAACCAGACGGAGCCGAAUGGCCCUAAGGAAACUCGCUGCUGUUCUAUUUGCACCGGAAAACAACAAGUGGGGGAGGGGGCAUUAAACACACUGGACAAAACUGAAAUUGAAAAUGGUGACGGCGACUAUUUCUCGUUUUGUUUUAGUCUAAUAAGAGCUUUUAUUAAAACUGAUCAGCAACAAAAGAUUUUAAAAAAAGGAACCGAGGAGAACUUUUUUUUUUUUUUUUGUAUGCCUGUAAAAACACGUAACACAAGCCAACACCUGUCAUAAAUUAACGCGAUAGUCGAGGAAAACAGGGUCCUGUACAUACGUUUCUUUUCUAAUUCUUUGUAGCAACAGUGUUUGGGACUUGUUUCAUUAUGUUUUCUCAUCGGUUGGGAAUCUUUAUUUUCCUUGUUUUGUUUCAGUUUGUACUAAAGUGAAGCAAUGGCCUGUAUGACGUGUUGGUAGAACUGUUGUUACCUUUAUCUUAAUUUGUUGACUGGUGUAGUUUCUAAUGCUUUUGGUGGGUUUUUGUUUCUUGGGAGGGGGGAUAGUUUGGAGUUACGGUCCUCUGGAGAGGGAUGAGAGUUUGGGCUCAACCAGAAUAUGCAAAAUUUGGAGUCCAGAUGACAGGAUAACGAUGGGUUUUCAACUCCGAUCAUGUCUGAACGUUAUUGGAAGAAGACUAUGGUGCUAGGCUUCACAUCUCUCUCUCUCACUGCGACAUUUCCUCUUAAAGAGCAACCUUGCUAUUUACCUUAACAGAAGAUUAUAUCACUGAAAAGUAAUGAUGUGUAUUAUUUUAUGAAAAAAGAAAAGUAUAUUUUUGUAACUGAGGGAUACUUGCUAAUAGAAGUUCUAUGUAUGACAUUUCUGAUGGAAGUGAUUGGAAAAACAGAUAUAUUAAAAAACUGUUUUAUGGGGAACUGUUUAGCUCGGGGAAAAAAAAUCAAAGGACGACUCAUUGAUGUCUUAUACUGUGAGAUAGAAGAGCGUCUAAAGGAGGAGUUUUGACAUUUUGAUUCAGCUCAGCAGACUUUUUCUAUCACGAUUGCCGAUUUCAUUGUCAUUGCAGCAGCUCGCCGCCAGUUUAACAGGGAUGGAGCUAUCGAUGAUGUCAGUGCGGAUGAAGGAGAAAGCCAUCGUCACUCUACCCAGUUUCCACUACAGGACCAAACAAGGCUGUCCAGGGCUAAAUCAUUAUCCGUUAUCCAUUUCCUCCUAAAUGACAGCCCUGUUUUUUGUUUACCAUCACGUUACCUUGCAGAACACUUUAAGGCAGCAUCCGGUCUUUGCUAAACGACGAGAUUCCUUUUCAUAUUGAGUCGGAAAAUGUCUACAGUGCCUUGAAAAAAAAAGAGAAAGUUCACGCGGAUUGAAAUUUGUUUUGGUAACACAAAAGUAGUUCAAAAUAGAGAAGCGGAAGAAAGAAAAGUAUGGCUGAUUGUUCAGAUCUGCAAUGUCUGGAACCAGUUUUUAUGUUUGAUGAGGAAAAUUCUCCCCACAGCAUGAUGCUGCCAA